AUGUGGAAUAUUUCACUAGCAACGCGGUGCAGGACAACGGAGGCUGUUGAUUUUACACGCAGCUACUACAGUAAGUGUCCUGGGUUACAGAUGACAUUCUUAGAUGGGAAUAUGACUAUCAUCUAG